AUGGACACCAACGCGCUUCUCGAUCUCGUCCACGUGGCGCAGGGCCAACUUUGGGUUGACAAGGUGAAUGAGGCCCACAUGACAGGCCGUCUUUGCCAGUGGGUGUCGACUUUCCAUCCAGAUAACCUUCCUUGUGUGCUUGACGGUACCUUUCAUCAUGGCGCGUUUAACGCCGGCAUGAAGAUGGUCUUCACUGACAGCACGGCCUGGAUGGUUCGUUUCCCUCGUUUUGGGAUGGUCUGUGAAGACUACACAGAUGAGAAGGUUGCUAUGGAGGUGUCGGCCCUAAAUCUCAUUCGCAACACGACUGCCCAUUCCCGUCCCAACAGCCCUUUUAUCAUGAUGGACUUCAUAAACGGUGUGAGCCUUAGCAGUCUUCUCCAGGACCCUAACGCCGAGCGACCUAGCAGAGUCAUGAGGGACGAUAUCAGCGAUAGUGAUAUUGAGGUUAUCUACAGAGAGUUGGCCAAUUUCCUGCUUCAGCUUUUUAAACUGGAUUUCGAUCGAAUCAGCAGCCUGCCAUUGCCACAGACCGAAGGUCACAGCCCUACGCUACCACGACCGUUAACAUUCAAGGUACAAACUAUCAUACAAGAUGGAGGAGUCAAUACUUUCGGUGACCGAGCCAAAGGAUUUGCUACAACAACCGAGUAUUUUCGAUACGUCGCCGGACAAGAUUGGAAGCAGCUCGUUCAUCAACCAAACUCAACUGUUGGUUUCUAUGAUGCUCAAAACAAAUAUAUCGCGUUCAAAGUUGUAGAGAGUCUUAUACCUGAAUUUAUCAACGCAAAGUAUGACCGUUGCAAGUUUAAACUAAUCUGUGACGACCUCGGCUUGGCAAAUCUGAUCGUCCGUGGCACGGAAGAUCUUACUAUUGUUGGAUUAGUGGACCUUGAGUGGUCAUACAUCGGACCCGCCCAACUGUUUGGCUCGGCACCGUGGUGGCUUCUCCAAGACAGGCCCGUCAACAGCACGUGGGAUUGCGAGGGCGAAGAGCUGCCCAAGAUUGGGUACCGGUACUUCAGAUACUUAGAGGGUUAUAUACGUAUCUUGGAGGAGGAAGAGACAAAGAUGCAAGGGCACGAAGAGAGAGAGCUCUCUAGUCUCGUCAAGUGGUCGCAAGCCUCCGGAGCUAUGUGGUUGCAUAUGCUUCUCUCAUCUGGUUUCAACGACGAACAUAGCUUUCCUUUUACGCAGUUGCGUACACAUCUGGGGCCAACUGAGUGGGCAAGGUGUGGGAUGGAAUUUGACAACCCAAAAGAACUUGAGGAAUUCGCGGCGCGGAAGGUGAAGGAGAUGGAUAUGUAUGAGGAAGCCUUGGAGGAGAUCGAAAAGAGCAAGGCGCUCGUCGACAGCGGGAAUAUGUCAAAGGAGGAAUUCAUUGCCAACCACAAGCAGCGUCGCUUAUGA